GUAGUGGGUCAGGAUUUAGACAGUAGACAGCAUCGUUUAUUUACUAUUUACAAAUUUUCCUUCACAAUUUUUUACUUUUUUGGUAUAUAAACAUAAAUAAGUGAAAUAGGUACAUGAAAUCAAGCUUAACAAUAUGGAAAUAUCACAAGUUAAUGAACAAUUGUGUAAAAUAGAAACAACAAAUCAUGAGGUGGGUGAAACUCUUUUGGAUACUUUUAAAAUUGAAAUUACAGAAGAACCCAAGAGAGAAAGUGUUUAUGAUGAUGCAUUUGGUUAUUUUGAUUUAAAAGAAUUGCCUGUAAAGACUGAAAUUGAACAAAAUGAAUAUAAAUUUUCACUAUUUGAAGAAAAAGAAGCAAAUAAAGAAAGAAACGGUAAACAUGAGAGUAACGGUCCAGGCUUCAAAAAAGAAGAGGAUAGUCCACCUCCAAGUCCUAUAAAUGGAAUGGAAUGUCUUUUGGAGGACUCAUUCUGCGAUUCUGACAAUGAUCCUGCGUAUUCACCAAGUGAUGAAGAUAGCGAUAAUUCAGAGGAAACCUAUACUGAGUCACACAGGAUAACUCACAAGGAAAAUCAAAGUAUUACCAAAGAAGCAAAAAAAGGGAAAAAACGAGUGUUGCAGGUCCAAAUAGUAAAAAUGGAAACAACUAUAGACACAUCUACUCCGACUGCAUCAAAACGAAAAAGAUUAAAGAAUUAUUGCUAUUUUUGUGAAAAUCUCGUCUUUAAUUUUAGUAGACAUCUUAAAACUGCACACUCUUCUGAAGUAGAAGUUCAAGAAAUGUUGUCCAAACCGAUUCAAAGUAAAGAGAGAAAAGAAUUAAUUGGGCUAAUUAGAAAAAAAGGAAAUUAUUUAAAUUCGCAUGUCUAUUUUAAACCCAUGAAAAAAACGAACGUACCUUGCGAUCGAGAUAAUUAUAUUCCAUGUGAAUUUUGUUUGGGGCUUUACGUAAGUAGCCAGUUACGGCGUCAUAAAAAAGUAUGUCCAAAAAGAUUAAAUAAAAGUAAGACAAUAAAAAGUAAAGUUAAAGUUAACAACGAACUACAAGAAAAAGUGUUUCCAACUAUGGAACAAAACAUUCAGCAGUCGGUAACUGCAGUUAAUCGUGAUCAAAUAGUAAAAAUUGAACCGAGUAUGAGCAGAUCUACCUCGAUAAUAAAAAGUAAAGUUGGAGUUAACAACAAACUACAAAAAGUGUUUCCAACUAAGGAACAAAACAUUCAGCAGUCGGCAACUGCAGUUAAUCGUAAUCAAAUAGUGGAAAUGGAACCAAGUAUAAGCACAUCUACCUCGAUAAUAAAAAGUAAAGUUGGAGGUAACAACAAACUACAAGAAAAAGUGUUUCCAAUUAUGGAGCAAAACAUUCAGCAGUCGGCAGCUGUAGUUAAUCGUGAUCAAUUAGUAGAAAUGGAACCAAGUGUAAGCACAUCUACCUCGAUAAUAAAAAGUAAGGUUGGAGUUAACAACAAACUACACAAAGUGUUUCCAACUAAGGAACAAAACAUUCAGCAGUUAGUAGCUGCAGUUAAUCGUAAUCAAAUAGUAGAAAUGGAACCAAGUAUAAGCACAUCUACCUCGAUAAUAAAAAGUACAGUUGGAGUUAACAACAAACUACAAGAAAAAGUGUUUCCAACUAAGGAACAAAACAUUCAGCAGUCGGCAGCUGCAGUUAAUCGUAAUCAAAUAGUAGAAAUGGAACCUAGGAUAAGCACUUCGUCUACUUCGACUGCAUCAAAACAAAAAUUAAAGAAUUAUUGUUAUUUUUGUGAAAAUCUCGUCUUGAAUUUUAGUAGACAUCUUAAAAAUUCACACUCUUCUGAAGUAGAAGUUAAAGAGAUGUUGUCCAAACCGACUAAAAGUAAAGAGAGAAAAGAAUUAAUUGGACUAAUUAGAAAAAAAGGAAAUUAUUUAAAUUGGCAUGUCCAUUUUAAACCCAUGAAAAAGACGAACAUACCUUGCGGUCAAGAUCAUUAUAUUCCAUGUGAAUUUUGUUUGGGGCUUUACUUGAGGAGGCAAUUAUGGCGUCAUAAAAAAGUAUGUCCAAAAAGAUUAAGCAAAAGUAAAAGUAAACUUAUAGUUAACAACGAACUACAAGAAAAAGUAUUUCCAAGUAUGAGGUUAGAUGAGGUCUCGAUUGUAGCUAAAAAAGACGCAUUGAUUUGUGCAUUUGGAGCCAGAUACCUUAAAAAACAUCGAGAGAAAUAUCAUAUAAAUGUUACAUCUCGAAAAAUGAGAGAGUUGGCAAAAAUUUUAAUUGAAGUUAGAAAAAUUGAACCAACUGUUCAAACACUACUUGAGGCUUUAAAUCCUAGGUUUUAUGAUCAUUUGGUAAAAGCUACUAAAAUAAUUGCUGGAUAUGAUUCAACUAAAAAAAUAUUUGAAUCUCCUACUUUUGUGAUAAAUAUAACCAUAACUUUAAAACAGAGUUGUGAUAUCGCAAUUACAAAUGGUUUAAAGAAGAAGGAUAUUUAUGGUAAUGUUACCACAGUUGAAGUCCAAAAAGACUUAGAAACCAUGAGACGACUUUUACAAUAUAAGUGGAAAUCUGAUAUUUCAAAAGAAGCUAUUAUACCAAUUUGGCAGUAAACAAAUCAUUUAAACAUGCGACGAUCAUGAUCACUAUUUUUCUGCAAGACUUCAAGUUAUUAAAGGGAUAUAUUACUAAGCAGGCAGAGAUAACUUCCAGAAAGUUGAAAUUGGAUUUAAACGACAGAGAUUCGUGCAAGAUAUUGUUAGAAACAAUUUUUUGUAGAGUUAUUCUACUUAUAGAAAAAGACCUGGAGUAUUAGAACGGCCUGCUUUAAGAAAUUUAUGUGGAAUUUUCAGAAGCUGUAUUAUUUUCUGAAAAAGUACUCAUGAAAAGGCGUUGUUUUUACAGAGAAACGAGAUCGUGGCGUCCCUGUUUUAAUUAGUGCCGAUGUUCAGGAACAUAUCAAAAUUAUUAUUUUCUAUGCCAGGAACAAUUUCAUUAGUGAACAUAACAGAUUUUUUAUGCCAGUGUCAAGAAUAAUGACAAACCGAUUAUUGGAUAUAAAGUAUUGACAAUUUAUGCUUUGGCAUGUAAAGCUAAAAGUUAUAAAAUACCUAAACAAAAUUAUUUAGCAUUACGGGAAGCGAUUUAGAGCAGCUGUCUACUUUUGUAGGACAAACAGCAAAAAUAACAAAAAUGGUUCUUACUCAUGGACAAGGGUCAAGCUGUUAAAGAGCCUAGCCGGAUAAGAUGAUGAAAAGUGCCCCCAACUCGAUUCGAAUUCCAUAUAUGCCACUUUUUAGCACAUAUUAUUAUAAAGAAACCCACUUUCUGAAAUUUUUAGCUCCAUAGGUGGUCACGUGACCCACCUAAAGCCUAAUUAGGCUUUUUAGGUUUUUAUUUCUCAUCUCAUCUGCAUCAAGAACUAGCAAAAAACUUUACAUAAAAAAGUUGUAGCUUUCAAAAAGUUCUGUCCGAAUUUUUUUAAUUUUCGGCGGGAAAUUUGAAAUUUUAGAAAGAUUUUUAAAUUUCCAAUGAGUCUAAAAAAUAAACUAAGACGCUCGUUCUCGCGAAAAAAAAAUAUUUAUCGUGUAUUUUUUCACAGUAUUUCACCCUGAAUUUUUUCAGUUUUUUAAAAUCGGUGAAACGUACUUUUAAAAUUAAAAAAGCGCAUAUUUUCGUCUAAAAUGCUCUAGGUGUGUCACGUGACCACCUAGAGGGCUAAAAAUUUCAGAAAGUCAGUUUCCCUAUAUAUGCUAAAAAGUGGCUUAUAUGGAAUUCGAAUCUAGUUGGGGCAUUUUUUAUCAUAUUAUAUUUUUGAAUACAAAACUUACAAAAAAGUUGAGAGUUAGCGCUGGACUGAAGUAUAAAAUCGUACCGUUAUUAAAUACUUUCCCCUUCAUUUUAAAAAUAAAAAGCCACCGAAAGAGAAUGUAUAGAAUUAAUCUCUCAAUAUUCCAAUCUACUUCAUAAUAAGGAUUGAUAUUUUUUUUCAAAACGUAUAUUUAAAACAUUGCCAGGAAGCAGAACUACUACUUGUAAACAUAAACAUGACUCUUUCAACUUCCAUAAAAAACUCCUAAUAACAAACACCUUCCAAAAAUGUAACUCUCAAAAAUAAUAAGAGACAAUAACAGCAUAGCAGAUCAAAACGAACUAGGCAAACUCUGACAAACACCACACAUACACAACAUAUUAAUUUAUAUUAUGUACCAGACCUUUUCUGUGGCGAUAGUAAUUUAGAUACUACGAAUGAAAAUACAGAUUGAAGUGGCCCACCAAUAUUAGAAUCUGAAGUGGAAUAUGCGAUGGAAGGUUAAAAUAAUAGUAAAAGUGUAGAACAAAUAGAAAUACAAUCGGAAAAAUGAAAGAAUACCCAUGAACGAACAUAUAAAACACGCUGUAUUUUCCUGUCACCGUGUCACAAAGAAAAUUGGACAGCGCAAGUACAUGUAAUAAUAAUUAUUACAUGUACUUGCGCUGGCCAGUUUUUUGUAUGACACGGUGACAGAAAAAUACAGCGUGUUUUAUAUGUUCGUUCAUGGGUAUUCUUUCAUUUUUCCUACUGUAAGUAAGGGCGUGAGAUAGUGCUGCAUCCUCUCCAUUCUGCUGUUAAUAGACUAUGAGCCGGUAUAGGUAAAAUUUGCUAAUCAUUUUAGGUACGAUAAAAGUCUAUAACUUAAAUAGUAGAACCUAAAAGAAAACGUUUGAGCACUGUGCCGUCACUUUUUAGUGACACAUGUGUCGACAGUAGCGCAUCAAACUUUCCACUUAUGGACCGGAUAAAUAAAUUAAAAGGUACCCUCCCUCACUACCAGAAUUCAAUUUUUUUCAUUUUUUCAAGUUCUAUGUGAUUAAAAAAUAAGGCAGCGUAAUUUUAACCCACCACCCCCUUCCCCCACCAUCAAAAACUUCAUUUUUCGUUUUAUUUUUUUUUAGGUGAGGUGACAUCAAUUUCAACAUUUUAAAAAAUUUACACUAAUUGAGGCGCUUUUACAAAACAUGUCUAUUUUUUAUAGAUCCGUAGGUUAAGUGUAGGUACAUAACCUCAAAAAAAAGUUUUAUUUCUUUUUUGGAAAAAAGCGUAUAACUUGGGAUUGCUGCAGGUCUAAUUUUUUUAAUCUUAUGUAUUUUAUCAAACACUAUAGGCCUAUUCGCGCUGCAUGCGCUGAACGUAUCCUGAACUUAUACAGAGGGUUUUCUUAGGGCAUUAGGAGCCUGUGCAUUAGGUUUUCGGAGGGAAAUAUUCGACCUUAUUGAACGUCCAAUUUUGUAAUGCGCAUUUUUGUAAUGCGUUCUCCCUCUGGGUACGUUCGGGGUAUACAGCGCGAAUAAACCUUAUAUUUCUAAUUUUUUCAGAUUUUUCCGUACGGUACGCCACCUUCAAAAAUAAACGUGUUUUUAUGGAGGUUUUGGGGAGUUAGACGUGUUUCUCCCAUUUUUAAAUGUUCUAAAGGACUCAGUUACAUCAAUUUACAUAUAACCUACACAAAAAUCAUCGAUUUAAUCUAUUUUGAAGUCUAUAAAAUAGGCAACAUCCCCAAAAACCCCCUAAAAAAGUUUUUCGGAUUUUUGAAGCGGGCGAACCUUACGGAAAAAUCGAAAAAAAAAUAGAAAUAUAAUGUUUGAUAAAAUACACAAGAUUAAAAAAAAAUAGGCCUGCAGCCAUCCCAAAAAAAGUUAUACGCUUUUUUUCCAAAAAAGGAAAUACAUUUUUUUGAGGUUAUGUACACUCGGGUCACGGGUCUAUAAAAUAUAGGUACAUGUUUUAUAGAAACCUCAACUAAGCGUGUGAAUUUUUUGAAAUUUUAAAAUUGAUUGCAUCCCACCUUAAAAAAAAUAAAAACCUAAAAAAAUAUAAAAAUAAUAAAAUGUAAUUUUAGUAAAUUGUAUUUGUUAUUUUUUUUGACCCUUUGAAAGCUUUGUCUAUAAAAUUGUACAAUUUUCAACGACAAUAAAAUAUACUUUUAUUCUAUUAUAACAAAAAAUGAAGUUUUUAAUGGUGGCGGAAGAGGGAAGGGGCUGGUGGCUUAAAAUUACGCCAAGUCUUGUUUUUUAAUCACAUAGAACUUAAAAAAAUGAAAAAAAAUCAAAUUCUGGAAGUGAGGAAGGGUUCCUUUUAAUUUAUUUAUCCCGUCCAUAAAUGGAAAGUUUGAUGCGCCACUGUCGACACAUGUACCACUAAAAAGUUACGUGAUACGUUUUCUUUUAGGUUCUAUUAUUUAAGUUAUAGAUUCUUAUCAUACCUUAAAUUAUUAGCAAAUUUCACCUACAUAUACCGGCUCUUAUUCUAUUAACAUUUAUGUAAAGAAAUCUUUCAACUUGCACAGUAGAAUGAAAAGGGGAUUAGAAUGAAUGGAUAACAUCACAAAAACGAAAUUAAUGAUAAUCAGCAAAAAGUACCAUAUGCAAGCGCAGUUGAAAAUAAAUAACCAACUUAUAAGACAUGAGUUGAGAAUUUUAAAUAUCUUCUAGUUACCUUAAAGAAUAAAUGGGACUGCGACUAAGAAGUGAAAAUACGAGUAGCAAUAGCUAGAAAUACUUAUACCACAUUCAAUAACUACAUUUGUCAGCGCGAAAUUCGUUUCAGUUUCCUUAUUCGCAUCCUAAAUUGCUAUGUAUAGCCAAUAAUAAUGUACGGUAGAGAGACCUGGUAACUUAAAGUAAGAUCGCUAAACCGUAUUGAAGCGUUCGAAAUGUGAUGUCUCAGAAGAUUGCUCAAAGUUCCAUGAUUCCGCCAUAUUACAAAUGAAGUCUUAAAAACUAAGACCCAAAGAUAGUCUCUAAACAUCCUUAAACAGCGAAAGUCUAAUAUUUAGGCCCUAUUUUAAAAGGCGACAAAUGUAAUCUUUUAAAAAUCAUUUAAAGGCAAAAUCAGAUCACAAAUGACACUCAUGGUUCAGAGACAUAAGAAACUGAUGCGAAAUACCUGAUAUCAGUACAUGAUACAAAGAAUACAGAUUCGUUCUCAUUGUAUCAUGAUAUCAAUACAAUAAUAGAAGAGCAGAAGAAAGAUCCUUACGUAUAAUCCAAUCAGUAUGAACGCUUACACACUGCAUAGCGUACGGCACCAGAAAUUAUAAGUCGGUUCCUUUGUUUACUGGAAUAGCACUAGUUGUUACAAAGUGUAGAAGUGCUACACUAAACCGUUUCUUUGUAAAGUGUGGUACACUAAAUCGUUCUUUGAAAAGUGUAGCAAAAUAUUGUAACAUUAGUAUAGUUAAAUCUACACCUGCUUGUGAUUGGGUGGUUAACUACACUCGUCUUGCGCAGUAUACUCCUUUUCAGAGGCAUCUUUCAGUGCAUCACAACUUUUCGAUUGCUUUCUAACGCAGUAAGUUGGAAUUAUAAAUGUAUAUGUAUCACGGACGUACCUCUUUUUCUGCCACUUGUGUCGCACUGAAAAAUGAGUCUAAGAAGAACCAUAUCCAACCGAGUUUGACAAUCGUUUAUCUGUCAGAUAUGUUUGUUUACAACAAAAUAUAUUUUUCUUUAAUUUAAAUACAAAAACUUUUAGUAAUUUUAAGAACUAAAUUACCUAUAAACUUUAAUUUAAUUUUUCAUUUUGUCGUUUCCACCUUGACUUGUUAAAAUCGUAACUCAAAGAUAGUGGCACAGCCAUGAUUUUUGUUUGACACUAGCAAGUAUAGCCUAAUUUAAUUUUUCAUUUUGUCGUUUCCACCUUGACUUGUUAAAAUCGUAACUCAAAGAUAGUGGCACAGCCAUGAUUUUUGUUUGACACUAGCAAGUAUAGCCUACACUCGAAAGUGCUACACUAAAAAAAAACAAAGAAACCGACCCUUAAAAACAUUACCAGUUAAAUUUUAUUUUUAAUUAAUAAAAGUAACAACUCUACCUAUAUUUAUCUAUAAAAAAUGAUCUGUAAUAUAUACUUCUUGUUAUAAUAAAUAACUUUAAAUAUUA